GUAGUUGCUGGUGGAGCCGUGGAGGUGGUGGUGGUGGUCCUGUCCUUUCCCUCUCUCAUUUUUUUAUUAAUAUUUUCUCUGCAUAUGGCUGUGCAAAGCCCAAUGCCCCAACGACUUUUCUCUCUCAAUAAUUUUCUUUUGUUGAUUCUCUCGUCCCUCUCCUUUACAAAUUUUUUCCUUCUCUGUCUAUAAAACCGAACGGGACCGUCCUGUCCUAAUUUCUUUCCUCUAUCAUAUGUAUCGACCUCUUUUAUCUUUCUCAUUUCUUUCUUUCUGUUAAUAAUAACAAGAAAUAAACAGAGCUUCACUUCACAAGUCCUAUUUUUGAGGAGCUGUACAGCUGAACACCUAAGGACUUCUCUUCAUAGAGAUCUUUAGGGGGCAAAAAAAAAAAAAAAAGAUGAACCAGUGUGCGAUCCAUCCAAGCGCUUUCUCUUCCCGGGAAGAGAUGCGUAGUUCUGUUUCGGUUCCCAUGUCGGAGCGGAGAGAUUCGGUUGUUUGCCCCAAACCGAGACGUCUCGGUCUUUUGAACGCCACCAUCAACGACCAGCCUGUCAGGUCUCUCAGAUGGCAUUUCAGCCACCAAUCAGAGCUCUGUGAUUCAAAAGCAGGAACUGAUCUUUUAGACAUCAUCCUGACAAAGGGUGGUUAUGGUGUUGAACAAUCUUGUACACAGGUAGCCUCGUCGCCCCCUUUUUUUUGUGGGUCACCGCCGAGCAGAGUAUCUAACCCAUUAAUUCAAGACGCUCGAUUUGGGGAUGAGAAACUCUCCCCUAUGUCGCCACUUAUGCCUAUGCCGAUUCCGCCUCCAUCGGGUUUAUCAUCAUCUCCGACUUCCUCUUCAAGGAAAGGAGGCUGCGUCCGAUCAAAUUUUGGAAACAAACCACCAGUGAGGAUUGAGGGAUUUGAUUGCCUCGACAGGGAUCGCAGGAAUUGUAGCAUCCCUGCAUUGGCCUAGAGAAAACCCCAUUUCAAUUAAUACAAAAUGGUACAUAGUUAAAAAGAGGAGCUAAACAAACAAUCGCGUCAACAACUUCGGUAGUGUGAGGAAUUUUGAAACUCUCAUGAGAGGGAAAGGUGGAGAGAAUCUUUUGCUAGUGUAAAUAUGCGUUUAAGGGUUCUUUUGUAUGUAAUGAUGUGUCUCUGUAAGUCAAAUCAGUGUCAACAAAAAUAAUGGAGGGUUACUAGAAUUUUUGUGGUUGAGCUGAGAAAACAUUCUUUCUUGCUUAAUCCUGUUUGGUUAUUAUAAGCAGUGAUGAGAGUCUCAGGUGAGAAUGUGAAAAUUUUCUUUUUGUAUCCCUUUUUUGGGAUCCUGGAGUUUCAAUGAGCGGCUUAAGAAGGGAAAUUUGUACAGAAAUCUAAGUCGGCGUUGAGUGUUUAAUGUAGUAAUUUACAAUGUAAAUAUGUCCGUUUUCUUUAAUCAGUGGAAUGAUUCUGUUUUUCGUUUUUUCA